CCGGUACUUCGCACUUGGAGUAAAUCUUUGCCGAUGGGGCAUUUUCUUAAACCGGACGAUACAUCCGAAAUCGAGCCAUUCGAACACGAGAGCAUAAUCUACAUCGGUUCAACGGAGACGACGGGCAACAACGCGUCCAUGAUGGGAAGACGAGCCAAACCGAAUCCUACCAUCGUUAGCAGCUCUGCGGCUGGUAACAACAAUGGCCAAAGCACUUCACGGCACAGCCCAAAUAAGAAACUGACCAAACCAAAGCAGAAAACGCGGGACUCUGAUUGCUGCAGCAUUAACUUUAUCAAGUAUUCGCUGCACAUAUUCAACACCAUAUUUCUGAUAUCAGGCUUAGUUAUAAUCGGCGUUACCCUGUGGACGAUCCUUUGGAAACAUCAAUACAUUUCGCUCCUAUCAACUACCAAUUAUGUUAUCGGAACUUACGCUUUAUUGGCCGCGGGUUUGCUAGCCGUCGUCGGUGGUGUUCUUGGAUGUUGUGGUGUGUGGCACGAGCAGCGGGGGGUUUUAGUCUUGUACACGUUUGUUCUACUGAUCGUGUUCCUGCUGGAAUUUAUUGUGGGCGGCUUAGCUUAUCUCUAUGAAACGCAAAUCGAGACGGAGCUGCAGCACACCCUUAACGCAACCUUCAUGGAGCACUACGGCGUGAGUGAACAGCAAACAAAAGCUGUCGACAGUUUGCAGCAAGAGUUUUCCUGCUGUGGAGCGGUACGAUUCGAAGAUUGGCGCCAUAGUGUGUGGUUGCGGUCACGACGCAAAGAUCUGAUAAAACCCACCGAGGGACGUUUGGUGCCAGAUUCGUGCUGUAUAACUGUGGUUUCAAAGUGCGGUCUACGUGAUGGUCCGAGCAAUAUUCACUAUACGGGUUGCAUAUACGGGAUGACGGAUGACCUAAAAUAUCACUUGAUAAUACUCGGUGCCAUCGGGCUGGGGUUGAGCGUAAUACAGGUGUUCGGUAUGGUGCUCUCCUGUUGUCUGUACGUGAAGCUCAAAAAUGUACUCGACUGACAAAAGCCAGCGGAUCCAAUAGUCGAGCUAAUGGAUCCGCUCCCGGACAACAUCAGCCUUAUCUAUGGAUACGACGAUCAGCGCGUAUAAUGGAGCAAUCGAGCCAUGUAACACGUUACCUGUUUAGGUGCAUUUU